UAUCAAGGUAGGGCAGUGCUCACAGCUGAGUACAAUUUUUUUUUAAAUUAUGGCCUAUAUUGUCAAAGCAGAGUUGAUAUUUUUGUGACUGAUGUGACAAAUUCGUUACUUCAAAAUCAAAAUUAAUUUUUCAAAAACGUCAUAAUUUUCAAAUUUUGUAUUCAAUUUUCGCGAAAGUUUAAGUUUGUUAAACAUAACUUAUUUAUUUCAAAUAAAAAAAAAAUGAGAAAUUGUGCAGUGUGUAAAAAGUUAGUUUGUGAACAAACAAAACAUUUUUUUAAAGUGCCUAUUGAUAUCAAACGAAGAUUGAAAUGGUCUGCAGCUUGUGGCGUUGCAUUUAAGCCAAAAGAUCGUAUUUGUGAAGACCAUUUCCUACCAGCGGACGUGAUACAACGGAACACAAGAUGUUCUUUAAUGCCAAACGCUGUUCCGUCUAUUUCCUUGACAAACAUUUCCGAGAAGUAUUUUUCAAAAAUUACUAAAAGUCAAGGCAAUAUCGUACCAUACACGGAAAGUCCUAUGCUGAACUCGACACAAUUCCCGGAAAAAAUGGACACACAGACAGAAUUUGUUUGGAUGGAAUAUAAUGUUCAAAUGAUAGAUUCAGCAGCACAAACCGAGUGAGGUUUUCAUUAUUUGAAUAUAACAUAUAUUUAUUUGGCGCAAAUUGAGAUCAAUAUUAAUUAUUUCAAUGAAGUGCUAUAGUACAAGCAACAAUUACUCUUACAAUUAGAAGGGAAAACAGUUGACAAAGAAAAAUUCGUUAGGGUUAACUGCGAAAUAUCAUCCGAAAUUCAUAGGUCAUUUCACUUUGAGAACAGUCAGGCUUUAAAAGAUUGUUGUUUUUGCCAAAUUCAUAUGUCUUUAUUAGAGGACUGUAAAGCAGAGCUAUUUUGUCUGGGUAUUACAUAAAAUAUAUAUAUGAAAUCUUGGUGUUUAGACAAAAUUUAGACAUUUACUAUCUUAUCAGACCUAUGGUGUAAUUUUAGACAGAUAUACAUUAUAUUUUGACAUGCUACAAUGCAAUUUAAAUGCAGUUUUUACCAAAUUUAAAAAAGGACCUUAUUUUCGGCCAAAAUAAUUCUCGUGCCUAAAAAUCAACGGAUUAUUAAGAGUUCUAAUUUGAAAAUUUUAGAAAAGCGGUAAAGAGGGACAUUUCUCCUCUAAUUAUCUUUUCUGCGACGUAAAUUUCAACAAGUAAAAAUAUCCUUUACCAUUUGGAAGAAAUUAAAAAAAAUCCGUCGGAAAAUACCGCUCACAUGAAAUAAUGGGGAUACGAAGACGUUAGAACUUGACCUGCCUGCAGACAAAAGAUAGAUCUGUGCUUUCUAGUAGGACCAACUUUUGUAAUAUUGUAGUAUGUUAAUCUAUAAUUUGGAGAUAAAUCAAUUACCAUGAAAUUAUUUUAUAUAAUUUUACUUAGGCCCAUAGAAUUAUAUAAAGAAAUGCGUAAAAAGAACGAAGAAAACGAAGAACUAAUUAGAAAUCUACGUUAUGAAAAUAGCGAACUACAGAUUAAACUCGCGGAAUCGGAAAGAUGUAUUGCUCAUUUCCGAAAAAUAUUUACAGAGGGCCAAAUAAGAAGAAUUAUUUCUCCAAGCUCUUCGCAAUGGAAAUGGGAAGAUAUUUCCCAGGCAACAUGCCUUCAUGCCGCCGGCCCAAGAGCAUAUAAGCACCUUUACAACAAAGGAUAUCCUUUACCAAGCGUUUCCACAUUAAAAACUUGGGCUCGGAAAGUUCAAGUAAAUGAAGGAAUUAUGUCGCCCGCUCUUGAUUUAAUGAAACAUAAAGAGGACCUCUCUGAAGAAGACAGGAUAUGUGUCCUUAUAUUUGAUGAGAUGAAGGUAGUUGAAUCAUACGAAUAUGACCCUGCCAAAGAUCAAGUGAGAAAACCUGCA